AUUUAAGACUUUCAAUUCAACUUCUCUGGACAAUAAGUGGCAACUCCAAGCCAGCAUGUAUACAAAAACAAGAAUCAACGAUGAAAACGAAUCACGCAAUAAAUAAAUGGGCAGCAAACGCAAAAAAAAGAAAAAGCGACCAAAACGAGGAGAAUAAGUGAUUUCGUCGCUUAAUGAAAAAAAAAAAAACAAUAAUACAAAAUUUUUCGUUUCGCGGAUUUUAUUAAAGAGCUAUUUUAAAAAAUUAUAUAUCAACAUACAACAGAAAUAAACAACCAAAAACCCUUUGUAUUCCAAAAUUGUUAAGUAACUAAUACGUUUGAGGACGCGUGAGUGAAGGCGGCAAGUAAAGAUAAAAAUAAGGAAACUGGCAAGCAGGUGAAGUGCCGGUCACACUUGAACAAAAGAAUCAAGCGCAAGUUAGACAUCAAGCAGCACUGCGAGCACAGAAGGAUUAAGGAUUGCCCCCCGCACUGUGGUAAAAACUCGAUGCUAGACCUAUACAGAGACGCUUAUCAUCAGACGGUUAUUAUGAAAGGUAAUCACUUCAAAAUGUCUCGUAACAAAGACAAAUAUGAUAGCACGAAUCGAAGGCAGCAGAUCUUUCUGUCACCCGAGGACAUUGCAGCUGGCAAGAAGACAAACUGGAACGGGUUAGAGAUUACAGGUUGUGUGCGAAACAUCAGUCCUUCAUUGUGGGAGUUUGAACAUCUAACCGCGCUUUAUUUAAAUGAUAACCAACUGUUGCGGCUACCAGCGGAUGUGGGCAUGCUCGUUAAUCUUCGAACUUUGGACCUAUCCAGCAAUAAACUGCGUAGUUUACCCGCUGAACUGGGCGAACUUAUACAACUAAGAGAACUGCUCCUAAAUAACAAUUUUUUGCGAGUGUUGCCAUAUGAGAUUGGCAAAUUGUUUCACCUCGUUAUUUUGGGUCUGAUGGGCAACCCAUUGCAAAAGGAGUUCAUGAACAUUUAUAAUGAGCCGAAUGGCACGUCGAAACUACUUACACAUAUGCUGGAUAACUUGUCAUUCACCGUUAAUCCACCGCCGCAAAGACCUUGGCUGCCACUUGCAAAACCAAACAAAACGCGUCCAGCCUGCAUUUUCACCGUCAUGUGCUAUAAUGUGCUAUGCGAUAAGUACGCGACGCGACAGAUGUACGGCUAUUGUCCAUCGUGGGCGCUAUGCUGGGAGUACCGUAAGAAGUCCAUUAUCGAUGAGAUACGGCACUAUGCGGCAGACAUUAUAAGCCUUCAGGAAAUCGAAACAGAACAGUUCUAUCACUUUUUUCUACCUGAGCUGAAGAACGAUGGUUAUGAAGGAAUUUUCUCACCAAAGUCGCGGGCGAAGACCAUGUCCGAAGUAGAACGCAAAUAUGUGGACGGUUGUGCGAUAUUCUUUCGUGCAUCAAAAUUUACGCUAAUCAAGGAGCACUUGAUUGAAUUUAAUCAGCUGGCUAUGGCUAAUGCUGAAGGAUCGGACAACAUGCUGAACAGAGUCAUGCCAAAGGAUAACAUUGGUCUGGCUGCCCUCCUCAAGGUCAAGGAAACGGCAUGGGAGCCCAUGUCUGAGGUAACACAGAUCUCACAACCGCUCCUCGUGUGCACAGCGCAUAUUCAUUGGGAUCCAGAGUUUUGUGACGUCAAACUGAUACAGACAAUGAUGCUGAGCAACGAGCUGAAAACAAUCAUUGACGAGGCCAGCCACAGUUUUCGCCCCGGCCAUAAGAACGAUUCCAACAGUGUGCAGUUGCUGCUAUGUGGCGAUUUCAACUCGCUGCCAGACUCUGGCGUCGUUGAGUUCCUUGGCAAGGGCCGCGUCUCCAUGGAUCAUUCUGACUUUAAGGACAUGGGCUACAAGUCGUGCCUGCAACGAUUACUGUCUAACGACACGAACGAGUUCACGCAUUCCUUUAAGCUAGCUUCCGCUUACAGCGAGGACAUAAUGCCGCACACGAAUUAUACGUUUGACUUUAAGGGCAUCAUCGAUUACAUAUUCUAUACAAGGACAGGCAUGAAUCCUUUAGGUCUAUUGGGUCCCGUAUCUACGGAUUGGCUGCGGGAGAACAAAGUUGUUGGUUGCCCACACCCUCACAUACCCUCCGACCAUUUCCCGCUGCUAGUGGAAUUGGAACUGAUGCACACGGCGGGGCAGCAGGCGCCACCUAAUGGGCUUAUCAACCGGCGGUAGCAAUAAAGGCGAAGGUGCAAACUAACUGUGGCAACUACAACAUCGACUACGGCGACCAAAACAAAAAUGAUGACUAUGACGACUGUGACAGCAACGGGCGGCAAUCAAAGCAAUUGCAAGGAUAGCCGGACGGCGAUGAAUGGACUAUCAGCAAACCUCAGAACCCUUUCAAUCAAAUCCAAUAGGCAAAACCAAAUGACCAAACCAUGAAAUGGCAUGACAGGGCAACGGCGACGCAAUAUUCAAUAGGAAUGACUUCCCUUAAAACCUUAUAACUUAUAAGUUGACAACAAUAUAAAGGUCUCGAUUGUGCGCUGGUUCGUCAAGUGCGUCAACCCCUCUUCAACUAAAACGCAUCUCUCAAACAAGAUUCUAGCAUUGUGCAAGUGAAUGUGUUUAGUUCAGUUAUCUCUUCGGCACAUCAUAUUUCCUUGUAUAAGAAUCAAUAUAAGGAAAUAUGGCGUUUUGCUCUUAUAAUCAAGAGCAGAGGGCUUUAAAUACGAAUUAAUUUUACUUGCUGCUCUUCUACUCCGCGUUUCUCGUUUUUUUUACUGCACCAUCGAAUAAAAUAUAUAAAUACAUAUAAAUUUGA